AUGAAGGGGGUGCAUCCCAUCUCUGCAAACGGGCUGCAAAAUGGAGGAGUCGAGCCGGAAGCGAAGCCCGAAGUUGUGCCUGAUUGUUUGAACAUUAAGGUCGCGCACGGGCCCGACGAGCAUGAUGUUGCCUUGCCUUCUAAUUCAACCUUCGGUGAUUUAAAAUCAAUUAUAGUUGGAAAAAUCGGCCUGAACCCGGAGACACAUAAACUCCUGUUCAGGGGUAAAGAGAAAGAAGACGAUGAAAGUCUACAAACGGCCGGUGUGAAGGAUAAUGCCAAGGUUUUACUUGUGGAGGAAGUUUCUUCUGGUCAGAAAAUCCCUGAGGAGGUUAAGGAAACAAAUGUGGUCUCACGAGGAGGUGAAGCUGUUGCUAAAGUGAGGGAGGAAGUCGACAAGCUAGCCGGUCAGGUAUCUGCAUUGCAAGCUGUUGUGGAAAGUGGUGCCAAGGUUGAUGAUAAAAAUGUUAUUUAUGUGACUGAGAUGCUUAUGAGACAGCUGCUCAAACUGGAUGGUAUCGAAGCCGAAGGAGAUGGGAAAGUGCAGAGGAAGACAGAGGUCCGUCGGGUCCAGAGCCUGGUGGAGACAAUGGACACCAUAAAAUCAAGAAAUUCAAAUCCAUUUGACAAUGUGCCGGCCAGUGGCUCGGUGUGA